CUUUAGAGAUGUUGAACAGUCCAAAAGCUUUCCAAGAAUGCACGUGUACUUUUACAAUCAACCUCAAAAACAGAAAUCGCUCAUUCUGAACUUUGCAUGCGCGCUCAUGUGAGUGUCGCGCUUUGCGCUCUUGGGCGCAUCAGUCAGAGUGAAAGAGAUUUAACGAAGAAAACAGCAGACAAAUGUCCACUGAUCACAGCACCUCUGGUCAACAAACUUUUGUCCAUCAACAGAUGAACACCAACACUGACAGCUACCAUUUACCGCGAUUUUACAAAAGGUGGAGCAACGAUGACUUUCACAGGCAUGCAUUGGGUAAAAGCCGACGCAUGGCUACACGGAGACCGGCCUACAUGUUUAAAGCUUGCUACAGUAGUUUGUCCCCAACAGAGGACCGUUUCCUGGAGGCGGCAGAGUAUGGAAAUAUUCCUGUCAUCCGCAGAAUGCUAGAAGAACUUCCAGAACUUAACGUCAAUUGUGUGGACUACAUGGACCAGAAUGCAUUGCAGCUUGCGGUUGCCAAUGAGCACCUGGAAGUGACAGAACUCUUGCUAAGAAAAGACAACCUGGCCCGGAUAGGCGAUGCCCUGCUUUUAGCCAUAAGUAAAGGGUACAUUCGCAUCGUGGAGGCCAUUUUGGGUCACCCUGCCUUUGCAGACACAACCAAACUCACCAGUGGCCCCCUCCAGGCAGAAACGCAAGACGACUUCUUCGCGUAUGAUGAGGAUGGCACUCGAUUUUCCCGUGAUAUCACACCGAUUAUACUAGCUUCACACUGUCACGAAUAUGAGAUCGUGCACGUUCUUCUAAGGAAGGGCGCCCGCAUUGAGCGGCCACAUGAGUACUUCUGCAAAUGUAACAGCUGCCUGUAUCACCAGAGGCACGACUCUUUCAGCCAUUCAUGUUCCAGAAUCAAUGCCUAUAAAGGACUGGCCAGUCCCGCCUACCUGUCUUUAUCCAGCGAGGACCCAGUGCUGACGGCUCUAGAGCUUAGUAAUGAACUAGCUGUGCUGGCCAACAUAGAGAAAGAGUUUAAGAAUGAUUACAAGAAGCUGUCUAUGCAAUGCAAAGAUUUUGUAGUUGGGCUUCUGGACCUGUGCCGCAACACAGAGGAGGUGGAAGCCAUUUUAAAUGGAGACACAGAGACAGGUGGCCACUUUGAUACCCGCGGCAGACCCAGUCUAGUUAGAUUAAAACUAGCCAUCAAAUACGAGCUGAAAAAGUUUGUAGCUCAUCCAAACUGUCAACAGCAGCUCCUGUCUAUAUGGUAUGAGAAUCUAUCUGGAUUAAGGCAGCAGACCACUGCUGUGAAGUUACUGGUGGUUCUGGGGGUGGUGGUUGGACUUCCCAUCUUGGCUUUACUUUAUUGGAUUGCACCCUCAAGCAAGUUGGGGAAAAUCAUACGUGGACCUUUCCUGAAGUUUGUGGCACAUGCAGCUUCCUUCACCAUCUUUCUUGGGCUUCUCAUCAUGAAUGCUGCCGACCGCUUUGAGGGAACGUCCCUCCUGCCAAACAUGACCGUCCACGAUCACCCCUCGCAGCUGUUUCGCAUGAAAACCACACCGUUCACAUGGAUGGAAAUGUUGAUCAUUUCUUGGGUCAUAGGAAUGAUCUGGGCUGAAUGUAAAGAGAUUUGGUCUCAGGGUCCUCGGGAAUACCUGCUGGAGCCUUGGAAUCUGCUGGACUUUGGAAUGUUGGCCAUUUUUGUGACUUCUUUCAUCGCUCGAUUUAUGGCAUAUUGGCAUGCAAAUCUUGCACAGAGUUAUGUUGACAAACACUACACAGAUCUAUCAAACAUAACAUUGCCCUUUGAAAUAGAGUAUUAUCGACUCGCUCGUAUCUACUGGGUUCCUUCGGACCCUCAGCUGAUCUCCGAGGGACUUUAUGCCAUCGCUGUAGUUUUGAGCUUCUCUCGAAUCGCGUACAUCCUUCCAGCCAACGAGAGCUUCGGACCCCUGCAGAUCUCUCUGGGCAGGACUGUAAAAGACAUAUUUAAAUUCAUGGUAAUCUUUAUAAUGGUGUUCGUGGCCUUCAUGAUAGGGAUGUUUAAUCUCUAUUCGUACUAUCUCGGAGCGAAGCUGAACAACGCCUUCACGACUGUUGAAGAGAGCUUCAAAACUUUAUUCUGGGCUAUUUUUGGCCUUUCUGAGGUCAAAUCUGUCGUCAUCAACAACGGGCACAAAUUCAUUGAGAAUAUCGGCUAUGUCCUGUACGGAGUCUACAACGUUACCAUGGUUAUCGUCUUACUCAAUAUGCUCAUCGCAAUGAUCAACAGCUCAUUUCAGGAAAUUGAGGAUGAUGCAGAUGUGGAGUGGAAGUUUGCCAGGGCUAAGCUGUGGUUCUCUUACUUUGAGGAAGGGGGAACACUGCCUGUGCCAUUCAACCUCAUCCCCAGCCCCAAAUCCAUCAUCAGCCUGGCCAUGAAACUCAAACGACUGCUGCUCACACCCUUACACAGGCAUAAAGAGGACCUGAAGGAGGACACUGAGCUCAAUGAGUCAGGGAAACAGAAGGAGUCUAAUGAGAAAAAUUCACCUCAUCCAAGUCGAUACCAGAAGAUCAUGAAACGCCUCAUCAAACGAUAUGUUAUAAAAGCACAAGCUGAUAAAGAGGGAGAUGAAGUGAAUGAAGGGGAGUUAAAGGAGAUAAAGCAGGACAUUUCGAGCUUACGCUAUGAGCUCCUGGAGGAGAAGUCUCGACAAACCGAGGAGCUAGCAGAGCUUAUCAGAAAACUAGGAGAGAGAUUAAGCAGUCGACACAACCUCUAGUGUUUCUCAAAUCUUUAUCAGACAAAUUAAUAAUUAUACAUUCCUAUUUCAUGUUUUUAAUUUUUUUUACAUUUCAUUACAUUUCAAAAUUCUAUUUGAGUGCACAAUUUUUGGGUUGAAAAAUGCAGAAGACAAUAAUAAGUACAAUGUGAAAUAUUUGAAGUUUUUGUAAUUGGUUAUUUAUGAUGAUGCUGCCAUCUGCUGUUGUGUUUUAAUGCUUUUUAGGAAACAUGACACAUUUUUAGAGUGUAUGUUAAAGGAGGUUAGAAAUUAUGUUAUUGGAAUGUUAUUGCAAAUGGAAAUCAGGGUACAUUACAAAUUCUGUAAGCCCUUUAAAACAUGCUUAAUUAACCAUAACUGUAAGUGUUAUACAAUAAUAGUCAUUUGUUGAUUUAUAAUGUAAAAAAUUAGUUAUUGUU